AUGGUGGAUUGCCUCUGCAACUUUGCUAGAGGUGCGGGCCAUACACGCACAGGAUCGAUACAAAUUCUCGACUUGGAUAACCCGCAAACCUUCAAAAGGCUCAUCCUUCGGUGCGCACAGGAUAUGACAAGGGUUGGUGAUGGUGUGGCUUUGGCCAAAUUCCUGGCACAGGGGGCCAACGACGGUAUACCCCACAAGCUGCUGACACUACUACCGACUACUCGCUCAGCAGAAGAGAUCGGCUUGGGAUCGCUUCAGCAGCAGCAUGGGCUGUUCUGUACUUAUGUGUCGCGAGAGAGCAGUUUUGCGACGGAGGUCGGGAUUGCUCCCGCUGAACCGGACGACUUCGCACUGGCGAUCCAACAUGCUGAUCAAAUCUACAGGGAGGUUGGCCGCUCUUACGCAUAUGCGGUGCAACGAUGUCUGCGCCGCGAGUUUCCCGGACCAGAUUCGAAAAAGAGCUUUGGAUUCGAGAACUUUCGGAAGGAUUUCUUUGAUAAUGCAGUAGCGCCAGUUCAGGCCAACUAUGAUGCGGCGCAAUUGGAAGGCUAA